AUGUCACUGCGAUCCUUCGCCCCGCUGGUCCUCGCGGCGCUCGCUCUGGCUCUGCCGGCAGCUGCCCACGAGCACGGCGAAGAUAAGAUUCCCGAAGGAGCGACAAUAUCAGUAGAGCCGAUUGACGCCACAUUAUGGGUGCACAUCCUUCUCAUGACCUUUACGUGGGGCAUCCUCUUCCCCUUUGGCAUGGUUCUCGGUAUUAUCAAGUCUCGCUGGCACGUUCCCGUUCAGGUGACCUCGACCGCCCUCGCCAUCCUCGGCUACGUCCUUGGCCACAUGCACAAGGGCCGCCAGUUCAACGGCAACAACGUCCACGCCAAGUUUGCAACGCCCCUCUUCUUUGUGCUGAUCGCGCAAGUCACACUCGGCGUCUACCUCCGUCUCCAUCUCGAACGUGGCUUCCAAGGCCGCAUCCGCCCCAUCUUCCGCAUCGCCCACGGCAUCUUGGGCAAGGCCUUUCCCGUCCUUGCCUGGGUCCAGAUGGUCUUUGGCGGCAUCACCGCCCUCGGCUUCUGCCAGGGCGACCAUGUCGGCCAGUGCGCGGCCCACUUUAUCAUGGGCGGCGCCUUCAUCGCCUACGGCAUUCUGCUGACCAUUCUGCUGCUGGUCGGCCAGGUCUGGCUCAAGCGCUCUGGUCGCUCGCCCGAGUUCUUCGACAGCUGCGUCAUUGCCGCCUGGGGCUGCGUCAACACCUUCACGGAGCACCGCUGGGGCACGGCCUGGGUCAAGAAUGACUGGCAGCACACCACCAUGGGCAUCAUCUGGUGGAGCGCCGGUCUGGCCGGUGUGUGGCUGAGCCGUGGCCGCGACGGCCGCCCGCAGCGCAACUUCAUCCCCGGCUUCGUGAUCCUCAUCACCGGCUGGGCCAUGUCGGCGCACCCGCAGGAGCUGAUGAUCAGCGCCGCGACGCACAAAAUGUUUGGCUACACGCUCAUGGCUGCCGGUCUGACGCGCAUCAUCGAGGUCGCGUUUGUUGUCCGCGACAAGAACGGCAUCUCCAACGACAGCACUGAGUCCAGCAGCUUCCAAUUCAUUCCUGUUUUUCUCCUCUACGCUGCUGGAUUCCUCUUCAUGGGUGCCACUGAGGAACAGAUGCUGCUGGUCGCCGGCUCCGGCAUCGACCAUGUCGCCUACAUUCUCAUCCUGUACAGCCUUGCCUUCCUCAUGUUCCUCUUUGUCAACAUGCUCAUCUCACUGUACGACCGCACAGCCAACGCCGAGCUGCUGGCUGCGAAGAACAAGCAGCGCCAGUCUGCCGACGCCGCCGAGGCUGCGUCUGUCCGCCUCAACGGCACCGCCCGCGCCGAGAACCGCCAAGUCCGUGACGCCGAGGAGUUUGAGCUGGGCGAGCUCAUGAGCGAAGACGAGGAGGACGAGGAGCAGUCUGCGCGCCGGACACUGCUCAAGCAGGAGGGCCACGGUCAUGACGAUGAGGAGGCCGGCACAGCCCUUAUGAACGGCAACGGCCAGGCGCACCACUCAUAA